AUGAUUAACAACGAAAAUACAGCAAAACAAACGGCGGAGCGGGGGAGGGCGGAGACGCGGCGCGGCAGUCAGAGCAGUGACGCCGCUCGUAUCCGUCGCGUGUCCGGCGCCGGUCGCGACGCAUUUGAAAAUCGAUAUUACAAACAAAAACCACCUGUAGUCGUCAGAGAAUCGCCAAGGUCGCAGGCCCCUGUAGCUCGGUUCUCUGCGUUCCAUUUACCUAUAUCUCGCGGCAAGUGCACGCGUCGCACCGCCCCCGCGCCUUUGACUCACCGCACCAGCUACCCGCGCUGCUCGGAUCAGCUC